UGUAGAAUGAAAUUUUAGAGCUGUUGCUGGGGUUUUAGUCUUUGUAAAUUUGGACAAUGGGGUCGCAAUGGCAGGCCCAGUUUUUUCAGACACUUCUGUAUGCUUUCAGUGUUUCUUUGUCUUUUCAGAUCACUGUGAAUAGAGAAUUGUGGAGUGAAAUGGAUUACCAGCGUGCUCAACAUGAGAUUGAUCAGAAGCCUGCAGCACAUAUAUCCCCAGCACCGAAGGAAAUGAGUCUUGAGAAGGACUCCAUGUUUGAUUUGUGGAAUGACCAGUUUGCACAGUCACAACGAGAUGCACAAGAGUUUGCAGCCAAAGAUCGCCUGAACGAAAAACCCUUUGUAGUGCGGCCUCCAAAAAUGCCACAGACUCGUCAGAUGGAUGAUCCUCUUGUUCAUAGCCCAGGAGUGCAAGUCUCACAGAAACCACUGAUGGUUAGGUGGGUAUUUCAGCCUGUUCGGUCAUUUCAAAGUCCACAACUACACACAGCUACACAAGGACUACAAUCUUAUGCAGCAAGUUCUUCAAGGAGACAAACAAAUCAUGCGAAUGACCCUCUUGUUUAUAGCCCAGGAGUUCAAGUACCCCAGAGACCACUGACUGAUUUUUCUGGUGUGUUGAGAAACCAGUUUGGUGGGCCACCUCCACAACAUCCUACAGCCACAACCACGCAAAGACCGCAACAUCAUGAGGCAAACCCUUACAGGAGACAACCACAUCAGACAAAUGACCCCCUUGUUCAUAGUCCAGGAAUGCAAGUACCCCAAAGACCACUGACUGAUUUUUCUGAUGUAUUGAGAAUCCAGCUUGGUGGGCCACCUCCACAACAUCCUACAGCCACAACCACGCAAAGACCGCAACAUCAUGAGGCAAACCCUCACAGGAGACAACCACAUCAGACAAAUGACCCCCUUGUUCAUAGUCCAGGAAUGCAAGUACCCCAAAGACCACUGACUGAUUUUUCUGAUGUAUUGAGAAUCCAGCUUGGUGGGUCACCUCCACAACGUCCUACAGCCACAACCACACAAAGACUGCAACAUCAUGAGGCAAACCCUCACAGGAGACAACCACAUCAGACAAAUGACCCCCUUGUUCAUAGUCCAGGAAUGCAAGUACCCCAAAGACCACUGACUGAUUUUUCUGAUGUAUUGAGAAUCCAGCUUGGUGGGUCACCUCCACAACGUCCUACAGCCACAACCACACAAAGACUGCAACAUCAUGAGGCAAACCCUCACAGGAGACAACCACAUCAGACAAAUGACCCCCUUGUUCAUAGUCCAGGAAUGCAAGUACCCCAAAGACCACUGACUGAUUUUUCUGAUGUAUUGAGAAUCCAGCUUGGUGGGUCACCUCCACAACGUCCUACAGCCACAACCACACAAAGACUGCAACAUCAUGAGGCAAACCCUCACAGGAGACAACCACAUCAGACAAAUGACCCCCUUGUUCAUAGUCCAGGAAUGCAAGUACCCCAAAGACCACUGACUGAUUUUUCUGAUGUAUUGAGAAUCCAGCUUGGUGGGUCACCUCCACAACUUCCUACAGCCACAACCACACAAAGACUGCAACAUCAUGAGGCAAACCCUCACAGGAGACAACCACAUCAGACAAAUGACCCCCUUGUUCAUAGUCCAGGAAUGCAAGUACCCCAAAGACCACUGACUGAUUUUUCUGAUGUAUUGAGAAUCCAGCUUGGUGGGCCACCUCCACAACAUCCUACAGCCACAACCACGCAAAGACCACAACAUCAUGAGGCAAACCCUCACAGGAGACAACCACAUCAGACAAAUGACCCCCUUGUUCAUAGUCCAGGAAUGCAAGUACCCCAAAGACCACUGACUGAUUUUUCUGAUGUAUUGAGAAUCCAGCUUGGUGGGUCACCUCCACAACGUCCUACAGCCUCAACCACACAUAGACCACAUUUGUAUGAGCUACACCCUUACAGGAGACGACGAGAUCUUAUGAGUCAUCCCCUCGUUCAGAGUCCUGGAGUGCUGGUGCCACAGAAGCCACUGAAGGUGGAUUUUCCAAAACCCGCUAUGUUUAGUGAGUGGGGAAACCUGCCUGGUCAGUUUGAUGACGGUCCACAACAUCAGCCGAAACCACAACCUUCCGAGACCGAGGCUCCCAGUUGGCACUCUAGUCAAACUUGGCAACGUCCUCUGGUGCAGAGUUCUCAAGAACCGCAGCUAACGGACACGAAAACUCUUCCAAAGGACCAGAAGACCGAGCUCCAGCAACCUGUGAUGCCACAGUCCAUUCAUGCUGUUUGUGGAGAGACGUCGCUCCAGCUGACUGUAAAGAUGGACUUGCUGGGCACUGGAGACCUUAUUGAUCCAGCCGAUAUCACCCUGGGUGGCUGUUCUCCAACUGUCCUGGACGAGUCCCAGCAAGAGCUAUUGUUCGAAACCGCACUGCGUGAGUGUGGAGGCACAGCUCAGUUGUUUGAGGAUGUCGUGGUGUAUACCUUCUCAUUGAUUUACACUCCUCGCCCAAUUGGGGAGAGCCCUAUUCUGAAGACCAAUGAUGCUACUGUCAAUAUAAAGUGUCAUUAUGCUAGGUUCCACAAUGUGAGUAGCAAUUCUUUAAGGUCCACAUGGACACCUUACCAAUUCUCUCAGCUGUCUGGUCAGGUUUUGGACUUCUCUCUUAGACUUAUGACUGAUGAUUGGCAGUAUGAGAGGCCAUCCACAAAGUACUUCCUUGGGGACAUGAUUAACAUUGAGGCCUUGGUCUAUGCGGACUAUCAUGUGCCUUUGCGUAUUUUUGUUGAAGACUGUGUGGCAGCAGUUCAGCCAGAUAUGCACUCCGGCACAAGCUAUGUACUCAUUGAGAAGCAUGGGUGUCUGUCUGACUCUAAACUGAUGGCGUCCCGCUCCCAGUUCAUGCCCAGGGUACAGGAUGAAAAACUGCAGAUGCAAAUUGAGGCCUUCAGGUUUGCAGAUGAAAGCCUCGACUCGUUCUACAUCACUUGUAUUCUCCGAGCAGUUUUAGCUGCCGGCACUUCAGACAGUAGUCACAAAGCCUGCCACUACAACAUGGAAAAUGACAGGUGGAACAGUGCUGAUGGAAAUGAUGGGGUCUGUAGCUGCUGUAAUGCUGACCAAUGUCCCACCAGGAGGGCAGGAGCUGCUGAAGAAAUAAAUGGGCGUCGGGUGAAACUUGGACCAAUCACUGUUCAGGAAAAGACCACAUAGAUGUAGAUUUUCUGAGAAUGGACUAGUCGUCUUAUGCUCAUCUCUAGUAGUAGCACUUCAACUUCAGAUUAAAGGACCUUGUUCUGAACUUUUUUUUUUUUUUUUCUUGUUUCUUGCUGUGAAGUGGAAAUGGGUUAAAUGUGUGAAAUCCCCACAUGGUACUUUAACAUUUAUAUGGAAUUUGAUGCAUUUUGUAUUUAUUGCAUUGGUGUAUUAACAACUGUUGCAGUUGUUGUUAUGAAAUUGUGUUUAUACUGAUGGAACUUGCAUUUGCAAGUUGAGUUUGAAUAAAUUGUUCAAAUUUUAAA